AUGCCCAGUGGCUUUACUGCGGGGUCUCCUGUAGCUGCCACAGUGGGACUGGUGACAGGGCAAACAUUCAAAAAGCUUCUUCUGCUCUUUGACAGAGUGUUGGUGGAAAAGAACGCAGCUGAGACUGUAACCAAAUGCAGCAUUAUGUGUCCAGAAAGAUCUCAAGGAAAAGUAUUGCAAGCAACAGUAGUAGCUGUGGGAUCAGGCUCUAAAGGAAAGGGUGGAGAGGUUCAAGCAGGUCGUGUGAACAUUGGAGAUAAAGUUCUUCUCCCAGAAGAUGGGGGCACCACUGUAGUUCUAGACCACAAGGGUUACUUCUUAUUUACAGCUUGUGACAUUCUUGGAAAGUAUGUAGACUGA